AUGCAGUCGAGCGACCGUUUUGACGUGAACAAGACACUCGACGAGAUAACGAGACGAGAUAGGGCUUUGAAGCGUCAACGCUCAGGCGGUCGUAGCAGUCGUGGUGGCAUCGAGGGCCGUUGGGAGCACGACAUUGUCAAUUUUAAAGGAUACCGGCACAAAGGUCCAAUUGAUGCUCAAAGCCCAAGGAUUGAAAAGGCGCAAGAGCUUUUUGGCGACAUCAUCAAGAUAUUCAAGAAGCCGUCGUCUCCCUCUCGUUUGUUGAGCAAUGGAAAAUUCACCAAAUUUGAUCUGAAGGACUAUGGCCUCAACUUCGUUCUCGAGGUGGAAACUAUGAAGCGAAAGAAGAAAGGGAACGCGAACUGCACGGAAACUUUG